CUGAACUCUCCUGCCUUUCAGUCAAGCUUUACUGAACAUCUCUGAACAUCUCUGCUUGUGAAUCUCUGUGCAUCUAAAAACCGAUUGCUUAUUUAACAAAGUUAUCGAUAGCAUCGGGAAAUUACACAAAAUGGCCGGAACACAGAAGAGUUUGGGAAAAGGCAGCCCAGCUCCAGGACCAGUACCUGAUGGAUCGAUUCGAGUUUAUAGCAUGAGAUUUUGCCCAUUUGCCCAGCGGGCAAGACUUGUCCUAGCUGCAAAAGGAAUAAACCAUGAAUUGGUAAACAUAAACACAAAAAACAAGCCAGAGUGGUUUGUGGAGAAAAACCCAUUUGGUGUUGUACCUGUUCUGGAGACGAGUAAGGGUCAGUUGAUCUAUGAAUCUGCAAUAGUGUGUGAAUACCUGGAUGAGGCUUUUCCUGGAAAGAAGUUAAACCCUAAAGAUCCCUUCCAAAGAGCACAACAGAAGAUGAUACUAGAACACUUCUCCAAGAUAAUUAUGGUGUUAUAUAAAAUCCUUUAUGCAAAGCAAAACAAGGAAGAUAUACCAGGACUAAAAGCAGAAGUGAAAGAAAAGCUAAUUGCAUUGGAUGAGCUUCUAGGUCAACUGAACACCAGUUUCUUUGGAGGAGAUUCUGUAUCCAUGAUUGAUUACUUGAUCUGGCCCUGGUUUGAACGAUUUAUAAUUUUUGAUGUGAAGGAAUGUUUGAAUAAAACCUCACGAUUAAAUGAGUGGUAUCAGCGUAUGCUGCAGGAUACAGCAGUCAAAGCAACCUUUACUGAACCUGACCUUCACCAAGCGUUUAUAAAACUUUAUUUGAAAGACAGUGUUGACGCUGCUGAUUAUGGCCUAUAAAAAGCAUUAUUAUCCAACCUCUUCCUGUCUCUUUGCAGUACAUUGUUAUGCAAACGCACUGAAUGUAUUGCAGUCUUUGUUAAAAAUGUAAUCGUUUACCAACAAAUAAGCAUUUAUUUAAUCAUCUAAUUGCUUCAAUCUGUACACAUUAGAUCAUAUGGAAAUCUUAAUUUUUCUCUUUCCAGUACAGUUUAUGAAAACUAGUAAUUUAAUUGCAUUCUUUAGUGAAUAUUUAAAGGGAUACUUUCUUUAAUGAUUCAGAGAGAGCAGGCAAUUUUAAGCACCUUUCUCAUUUACUCUUAUUAUCAAUUUUUCUUUUUUUAAAAAGCAGGAAUGUAAAGCUUAGGAACGGGUCCAUUUUUUGUUGAUAACCUGGGUUAUGCUUGCUUAUUGAUGGCUAACUGUAGCUGCCAAUAAGCAAGUGCUAAAUAAAGGUAGCAAGAGACUGAAGAAACAUUGAUAAAGGAGUUGCUUAAAAUUGCAUGCACUAUUGGAAUCAUUAAAGAAAUAAUUUGGAGAGCUUGCUUUAGAAGGCUGAUUGUAGAUGGAUAUAUUUACAACCUAAGGGUCUAAAUGAAUAGUACACUUAUGUUUAUUUAUAAAUUCAAGUACAAAUAAUCUGCUUUAUUAAACAUCAUACAAACAAAAGUGUCUUUCUUUAUAUUUGUCAUUGUUCACCAUUCAAACACAUAUGUCAAUACACAUUGCAAAUGACCACCCCUCUUUUUUAAUAUUUGCAACCCCCCUUUUUUAAAUUCCUUUAUACUAAUAUUGCACAUUUAUCAAUUUCACUUUUUACAUUUUACUCCCUAUUUACAUUACCAUUUUAUUCUCACGUCGGUUUCCCCACAGUCAAUACCUCACUAGUUUAUAAGUAUUUAUCUUAAGAUUAAUUUUCUAUAUUUAAAAUUUAUAUUAUCAUCAAUUUUUUAAAUAUCCCUAUUCUCAACAUUUUAAGCACGGUCAACUCUAUAUUGUGGCACUGUAUCCUUACAAAUAUGUUUCAUAUAAGACUAAAAAAGAAGAAAGUUACAUUCACACAACUCGUGAAUGUGAACCUAUGACAAGGCUGCACUCAGGUUCAAAAUUAAAUCUUGUUUAUUAUAACCAUUGAUAAACCAAAAAACACCUUAAUUAAAAAACACAAGUAAAUACAAAUCCAGGCCUGGAAAACAAAUAUAAAUGUUACAAGGAAAGAACAUCAGAGUUUAGCAAGUACCAGAGCACAUAAGUGUAUAAAACACGCACCUAAACUCAAAGUGGUUCAUACACAACAGUAUAAUGCAACCCAAUUAAAGUAUUGGAGCAUAUAGCGCUAUUAUAACGUUAUAAUGUUGCAGAGUUCCUUGAACUGUGACUUAGUUGCAAAAAUGGAAAGUGAAGCCCAGAGUGUAUCAACACUCUCCACUGAUCAAAAUAUAGGCAGAUUUAAAUCAUAAGCUUGUUUGUUUUUAAUCUGGUGUUCAAAUAACAAAUCCCUUUACAAAGUACCUUCAUGGUUACCAAUUAUAGGUCAAAACCGUUACAUUGCAAACUUCCAGUGUAAUGCGGUUACUUCCAUACAGAUACGGAGCUUCGCUCAAUAUUGGUAGCAACUUGAAAGUCAGGAUAGAUCCGGAAAACAAACUUUAGCAGCCUGGACACGAUUCACCGGUUUACAGGUCACCAAACGUUAUGCGUUACGCCCCUCCCCUUUUCCUGGGCUGUCACUGGGGCUUCGCCAGAUGCUAAAUUGGUGUAGGAGACCAGCCUUUUAUAAUAGCUUUGAUUAGCUCCUCCACUUUCUGCCUUGUUCCCCUGAACACAGGUUAUAUAUAUAAAAUAUGUUUUAGCAUUAUCUGUAACAAAAAUUUGGUAGUAAUUUUAAGUUAAUAAACUUUGAGUAAAUUCCACACUCAUACAUCUUAGUAACAUACAAUAUAACUGACAACAGGUAUUUAUUCUGUCUCAUCUUAUAAAAUCGAACAUCUUUGUAUGGCUUACACAAUAAAAUGAUCAUAUACUAA